AUGUAUUUUUAUUAUUUAAAUUUAAUUAAUUAUUUUUUAAUUAAUUUUUUAAUUUUAUUUUAUUAUAAUGAAAGAAAAUUAAUUUCUUUUGCUUUUUUGACCGAACCUAAACUUGUUUAUGUUGACGGUUCUCAACCUUGGGAUAAUUGUAGGCCUGGAUUGAAAAGAUCUUUAAUUUCUUUGACUGGUUUACUUCUUUCACAUCCUUUUUAUGGGUCUCUUCCAUAUAAUGCUAGUAGAAAUUGUUUCCUUACAAUUGCUGUUCCAGUUGGAUAUCGUGUUAGGCUAAAAGCACUCGAUUUUGAUGUUCAAGGGCAAUGGGGAAAAUGUGAAAGGGAGGAUACAUUACAUAUAUUCGAUCAUAACCAACAACUCGAACCAGAAACACUUACUGCCAAUGAACAACUCCCGAUUGGUGGCCAUUCCCCCGGAAGGCUUUUGGGGGAAUUUUGUGGUAAAAUUGAAACAGAUUUAACAAAAACUGAUCCUUCUUCUCCAUUAAAUCAACGUUCAAUUUUAGCCGAAUCCUCCCAAAAUGCUUUAACACUUUGGUGGCACACAGAAGAUUUACAAAAUUUAAAUAAUCAAAAACAAACAACUCCCCUCAGUACUUUAACUAGUAAAUCAAUUAAUUUACGAACAAAUUCACAAGGAUUUAGAUUACUUUGGUCAUCAUUUCGUUACACAAAUUCUUCUUCUGAAAAAUGUCGAACAAUUAAUUCCAAAUCUUCCCAACAAAAUAAUUCUUCAAAUUUAUUAUUAAAUGAAUUUAAAUGUAAAAAAACAUUAAAUUCUCAAAAAAUAGAAGAAUGUAUUCCAACACAAUUGGGGUGUAAUUCUUAUGCAGAUUGUUUAGAUGGAAGUGAUUUAGAUGCCCAAUUACAAUUAAAACAUGGAUGUGAACAUAUUCCAAACAUUCCACUCAGCGUUUUAAUUAGCUCCGGACCUAAACGUUUAUUACUUUGUGCUGCUUUAUUGCUACUUUGGUUGAGUUUAUGUUUAGGCUGUUGUUGUUGUUAUAUUAGUUAUCGAAGAAAAAGAUUAAAAAAGAAACGUUCUUCAACAAAUAGCAGCAGUAAUGAUGGUGAUUGUGAUUUUACAGCUCGUAAACAACAAUUAAAUAAUGAAAGGGGAAAUUUAUUUUAUUCAUUUAAUGGAAAUAUUCAACGACAAAAUAAUGGGGAUUUAAUACCUACAAGUCAACCCCCACCACCCCCUCUUUUACCACCACCAAGUUUCUCCCCUCCAACAUUAAAAAAUAAUAAAUUACUCCAAACAAAUUUUGUAACUCAACAACCUUUUGGAGGAUUUAUAAAUCCCUCAAAUACUUCCAAUUUACAAGAAAAUAAAAAAUUAAAAAGAUCUUCAAAACAACAAACAAAUUCUUGUUCUUCCAAUUCCCAAUCUUCUUCACAAAAACACCAACAACAACUAAAUAAUCCCCCUUCUAUAUCCUCAUUCGAAAACCAACAAAAUUUAAAACAAAAAUGUCAAAAUGUUUCUACACAACAACAAAUGUAUUUUCAACAUUUUAAUGACACAAAUAAAUUAAAUGGAAUUAAUUGUGAUGAUGGUAAUUAUUUAUAUUUAAAAGAGCCAAUGACACCAUUAAUUACUAGAGGAAAACAGCAAACAAUGGAAGGGCAAAAUAGACAUUUAAUUAUUUAA